AUCUCUCCAAUGCGCCAACUGUAAAUACAAAUCUUUCCCAUUCAAUGGCUACCCCUGCUACUUCUUCUUCCUCAACCAAAACCUUCCACACACCUCUCUUUUCCUCUUUUCCUUCACCUUCUUCCUCGCGACCAUCUUCCGUCCUGUUCUUCCACCACCACUCCAACUCCACUUCCGCCUCCCUCAAGCUCUCCCAUUCUCACCGCAAUUCUCAUUCAUCAUCCGUCACAAAUGCCCUGCAAACCGAAGAAAUCGUGUCUUUUUCCAGCUUCAACCAACUUGAAGAAGUGAUUUCGGGAGAUAGACCUUCCAUCCUGGUCUCCGAGAAGCUUGGAGAUGCCGGAAUUCAGGUCUUGAGUGGCUUCGGGAAAGUUGAAUGUUGCUAUAAUCUUUCGCGGGAGGAAUUGUGUGCGAAGAUCUCGAAGUUUGAUGCGUUGAUUGUGCGGAGUGGCACCAAGGUAACUCGCCAGGUUUUUGAGGCAGCCAAGGGGAGGUUGAAGGUCGUCGGACGAGCUGGUGUUGGCAUUGACAAUGUGGAUCUUCAGGCCGCCACGGAAUUCGGUUGUUUGGUGGUUAAUGCCCCAACCGCUAACACGGUGGCCGCCGCUGAACAUGGUAUCGCGUUGCUGGUUGCCAUGGCCAGGAAUGUUGCUCAGGCAGAUGCCUCCAUGAAAUCUGGCAAAUGGCAGAGGAACAAGUAUGUGGGAGUAUCAUUGGUUGGAAAGACAUUGGCAGUGAUGGGAUUUGGGAAAGUUGGGUCGGAAGUUGCAAGGCGUGCAAAGGGUUUGGGGAUGAAUGUUAUUGCUCAUGAUCCAUAUUGCCCAGCUGACAGAGCCCGUGCUGUCGGUGUUGAUUUGGUCAACUUUGAUCAGGCACUUGCCACUGCAGAUUUCAUCUCCCUCCAUAUGCCUCUCACGCCCACCACCGCUGGGAUUUUCAAUGACCAGACUUUUGCCAAAAUGAAGAAGGGUGUUUGCAUCGUUAAUGUUGCAAGAGGUGGAGUUAUUGACGAAGAUGCAUUAGUCAGAGCUCUCGAUAAUGGAACAGUUGCUCAGGCUGCGCUCGAUGUGUUCUGUCAAGAGCCACCAGCAAAAGAUAGCAAACUAGUGCAACAUGAGAAUGUUACUGUCACACCUCAUCUUGGAGCCAGCACAGAGGAAGCACAGGAAGGAGUUGCUGUUGAAAUAGCAGAGGCUGUUGUUGGAGCGUUGAAUGGGGAGCUUUCUGCUACUGCUGUCAAUGCUCCGAUAGUUUCUACUGAAGUCUUGUCGGAGUUGGCUCCUUAUGUUGUGCUAGCAGAGAAGCUUGGAAGGCUAGCUGUGCAGUUGGUCUCUGGCGGGAGAGGAAUCAAAUCUGUGAAGGUAACUUAUCGAUCAUCUCAAAACGCAGAUGACUUGGACACGAGAAUUCUCCGAGCUAUGAUCACAAAAGGCAUCAUUGAACCGAUAUCAUCCUCAUUCAUCAAUCUAGUAAACGCAGAUUUCACAGCAAAACAGAAAGGCCUUCGCGUUAGUGAAGAACGUGUGGCUGUGGACUCAUCCCUGGAGUUUCCCAUUGAUUCAAUCCGGUUGAAUUUAUCCAAUGUUGAAUCUAAAUUUGCUAGCUCUGUUUUAGACAAUGGAGAUAUAACCAUUGAGGGUAAAGUGAAAUAUGGGGUACCGCAUUUAUCAUGUGUCGGAUCAUUUGCCGUGGACGUGAGCCUGGAAGGGAACCUGAUUCUGUGCAGGCAGGUAGAUCAACCUGGCAUGAUUGGCAAAGUUGGUAACAUACUGGCAAAGCACAAUGUGAAUGUCAACUUCAUGAGUGUAGGAAGAACUUACAGGAGAAAACAAGCUAUCAUGGCAAUUGGCAUCGAUGAGGAACCAAACAAGGAGGCUCUCAAGGAAAUAGGAGAUGUGCCUGCGGUUGAAGAGUUUGUGUUCCUCGAACUAUAGAGAAAAAAAAUCAUCAAACCUGCUCAAACUUGGCAAUCGGACUGUUUCUUCAUGGCGAUUUUUACCUACUGGUUGUAUUUUUUUCUAAGCUAGUGGUGGUUGUAAUAGUAGUUCUAAGAGGUUUACCGGUAAAUGGGAAGAUUUCUUGUUUGUAUCAGAAAUAUGUCUUCAAAGUAUGUGGGUAGACAAUCAGUAUUAUGUUUAAUGGUUAUGUUAAUGUUGAAUUCAAUUUUUCAA